CCUCUACUACGGUUUUCACUAUCAUUUACAUUUCUCCAUGGCGCCUGAUAAGGAAGUUUUUGCAGAGUUCAAAACCUUAAUACAGGUCUACAAAGACGUCUCAGUUUUGGGAGGCCGUUGGUUCUGAACCCACUGAAAACCGCGAGAAGCUACUGCAGUACAGGGUGUGGACAUAUCUGUACCCAACAGUGCCGGGUGGGAUUGACAGCCCGAUGAUAAACCCGGUGGCACCAGGGGCGCCGUCGCUCGCCGGACUAGGGUGUUCGAAGCUGCUGGUGAGUGUUUCGGAGAAGGAUAUUCUGUGGAGCAGGGGAAUUUCGUUUUACAAUGCGGUGAAGGAAAGCGGGUGGAAAGGGGAAGCGGAGUUGAUUGAAGUUGAGGGAGAAGGCCAUGCGUUUCACAUUGUGAAUUAUGAGUCUGAAAGUGCCAAGAAAUUCAUAGUUCGCUUGGCUUCUUUUCUCAAGUAAAUUGGUGGCAAUGUGUCAUCAUCUUGCCUUUUAACUUUCAGUUGGGUUUUGUUUUUGCACUUUUGUGUUCAAACUUUUAAUAAUCAGAGUAAUUUUGCUUUUGUGUUUUCGAAAAGAUAUGUGUGGGAGAUUUUAAUAAACUUUUUCUUAGUAUCAAUAAUGAUUUACGUGAUCAGGCAGAGCAUCGCCAAGGCUCUUGUCGCCUACUACCAAAAGUUUGUGGAUGAGCACCAGAAGGAGAUUAAAGACAUCUUGGUGAGGUACGAUAAGACUCUGCUCGUCGCUGAUCCCAGGCGGUGCGAGCCCAAGAAGUUCGGUGGUCGUGGCGCCAGAGCUAGGUUCCAGAAGUCUUACAGUUGAAGUAUCAGAAAGAAGAAUGUUCUUCUUAUGGUGGUUUUUGUCUCAUUUUUUAGCCCUUUUAAUGUUCAACUGCAUUUACUGAUAUUAUGUUGUUCGCAGUUAUUCAAUGCU